AUGCCAGCCGUAAUAAUGAAGAAACUGGGCAGAAUUUCGUACCACAUUUUAACAAAAUAUCAGAAUUUCCACAGUAACAAGUUCGGAAUUCGAAUGACAGUGAACUGUGUGUUACCAGAUUUUCACACGAAAAGUUGCCACUGCCAGCAACGACAAUGUGACCAAAAUAUUGUAAAGGAAAAGUUUGUAAAUAAUGAAGAAGCAUUAGUUAUCGGGUCAUCAAAAAUGGCAGACGCACCGAUCGACUGUGAUUUCCCCGUUUGGGGAUUAAUGCCGAAAAAAGAGACGGGCGUCGUCUCAUUUAUCAACAAGCAUCCAGAAUAUGAUGGAAGGGGCACCAUUAUUGCUAUUUUGGAUUCGGGUGUCGACCCAGCAGCGACUGGUCUUGAGGUGACCAGCACAGGAGAGAAGAAGGUUAUCGAGAGGUACGACUGCAGUGGCUGCGGUGAUGUGGACACCAGCACUAUCAUUAAGAAAGUCACCGAUGGGUGCAUUACCGGCCUCACGGGCCGUAAACUAAAGAUUCCUGACUCUUGGAAGAACCCAUCGGGAGUAUGGAGAGUGGGUGUCUUAUACCCAUAUAGCUUAUAUCCUGUAAAGUUGAAGGAGCGCAUGCAAGAGCACCGCAAGACACAUGACUGGGAUGUCAACUAUAAACCUGCCUUCGCUGAGGCCAACAAGAAUUUACAAGACUUUGAAACUGAUGUUGUGGCAAAGAACCCGGUGUUGAGCCCUGAGGAUAAAAUACUGAAAGAGGAACUGGAAGCCAGGGUAGAAGUAUUGCAAACAGCUGAGAAGAAGUACAAUGAUGUUGGCCCUACUUAUGACUGUGUGCUCUUCCAUGAUGGAACUGUGUGGAGAGCAUGCAUCGACACGACAGAGUCAGGCGAGCUGUCGAGCGGCGUGGUGCUGGGCGAGUACAGCCGCACGCACGAGCACACGCACCUCACGCCCUUCGACGAGAUGACUGUCAGCAUCAACGUGCACGAUGAUGGCAACACCCUGGAGGUUGUUGGCAUGUGCUCAACUCACGGUACACACGUAGCGGCAAUCGCAGCUGGUUACUACCCUGAGGCUCCCGAAUUAAACGGAGUGGCUCCCGGAGCUAAAAUAGUGUCCUUAACCAUUGGGGACAGUCGCCUAGGGUCCAUGGAGACUGGCACAGCCCUCGUGAGGGCUUGCAUCAAGAUCAUGGAGCUCAGUAAAACUAUGAAGAUCGAUGCCAUCAAUAUGAGCUACGGUGAACACGCGCAUUGGUCUAAUGCUGGACGAGUGGGCGAGAUAAUAUGCGAAGUAGUGAACCGCUACAAGGUGUCGUGGGUGGUGUCGGGCGGCAACCACGGGCCCGCGCUCUGCACCGUCGGCGCGCCGCCCGACAUCGUGCAGCCCAUACUUAUAGGCGUGGGCGCGUACGUGUCCCCGGAGAUGAUGUCGGCGGCGUACUCCAUGCGCGCGCGGCUGUGCGGCGGCGCCUUCAGCUGGAGCUCGCGCGGGCCCGCCGCCGACGGCGCCGCCGGCCUGUCGGUCUGUGCUCCUGGCGGGGCUGUGGCGGCCGUCGCUAGAUUUACACUAAGACAAUCACAACUUAUGAACGGUACUUCAAUGGCUGCUCCACACGUCGCCGGAGCAGUAGCAAUGUUAAUGUCGGGUCUGAAGGCGCAAGACAUACCAUACUCACCGUACUCCAUCAAGCGAGCGUUAGAAAACUCUGCUACAUAUCUAUCUCAUGUGGAACCUUGGGCACAGGGGUGUGGAUUACUCAAUGUUGAGAAGGCCUUCGACAUCCUCUGCAAGUACCACGACCAGCCCGAACGUGACGUGACAUUCUCCAUCCAGUGCGGAGCCUCCAAUGCUAAAGGCAUCCUGCUGCGGCCGCAGCACGACGACGCUCCCAAAGACAUCGGCGUCACUGUGGAGCCGCAGUUCCUGCACGACCAUCACGAUAUGGAGAACAAGACCCUGAUCCCGAAGCAGAUCGCAUUCGGUGUCCGACUGGCGCUGUCGUGUGACGACGCGUGGCUGUCGGCCGCCAAGCAUCUCGACAUGAUGAACGCCUCCAGGCCUAUCACUGUGAGAGUUGAUACCACUGGCUUACCGCCGGGACCGCAUUUUACUAGUAUAAAAGCGUACGACGUGUCGUGCAUCGAGAAGGGCCCUGUGUUCCGUGUGCCGGUGACGGUGCUGCAGCCGCAGCCGCUGCGGGUACAGGCACCAGCUCCACCAUGCUUACACGAGAAGAACGUGCUCUUCAGGCCCGCUACUAUCGUCAGGCAUUUUGUUAUACCACCUCAGGAAGCUACAUGGGCAGUGCUGAAGAUCUCAACAGAGAGCAAGGAGAAGACAGGCCGGUUCCUCAUUCACACCAUGCAGUUGUUGCCCAAGAGGAGUUGCAGGUGCCACGAGAUGCAGAAGAUGAUCAAUGUCACGGCUGAAACUCCUACGAUAUUACCCUUCCAGAUUGUGGGCGGUGUAACACUAGAAGUAGUGAUCGCAAAGUACUGGGCGAACAUAGGCGACGUGGUAGUGGACUACUCCGUAGAGUUCCACGGGCUCAAGCCGGACUUCGGGUCGCGGCUGGCGAUGGGCGCCGCGGACGGCGUGCGGGCGGUGCGGCUGCGGGCGCUGCGCCAGCAGGACGUGCUGCCCACCGCUACGCUCAAGUACCAGGAGCCUGUGCUCAGGCCCACAGAAUCGAAACUGACGCCACUAACGGCGCGUGACGUCAUCCCGCCCAGUCGACAGAUCUACCAACUAAUAAACACAUACAACUUCCAUAUCGCUAAGGCUACAGAGGUAUCGCCAAUAAUCUCGUUGCUAAGCGACAUGCUGUACGAGUCGGAGUUCGAGUCGCAGAUGUGGAUGCUGUACAACAGCAACAAGCAGCUCAUGAUGACCGGAGAUGCUUACCCUAGCAAAUACACAAUAAAACUAGAGAAAGGCGACUACACCCUGAGACUGAACAUUCGUCACGAGAACAAGUCUCUGCUGGAGAAGCUGCAGGACUUGCCCGCCAUCAUACAGCAGCGGCUGCAGCAACCCAUCACGCUGGACGUCUACUGUUCACCCUCACUGGCGAUCACAGGCGGAAAGAAGUUCACAUCAGGCCCUCUGCCAAGUGGGCACAUAUUACCAGUUUACUUUACACCAGUGCCUGCAGAUAAGAUCAGUCGCUCCAACCUGAGCAUAGGGCAGACACUGUCCGGUUCAGUAACGUUCGCGAAGGACGAGCUGGGCCGCAAGGUGGACACGUACGGCGUCAGCUACGUGCCGUGCGAGCCCGCCAAGCGCAGCCAGCCGCCCAGGGACAAGGACAAGGCCAAGCCGCAUGACGACUACAUGGACGCCGUCAAGGACUUCACUACUAACUGGCUAGCUAAGUUAGAGGGCGACAAGCUGGAGCAGGUGUACGAGGAGCUGGUGGAGAAGUUCCCCGGCUACCUCGGCGCCCACGUCGCCUACCUGCACGCGCUCGACUCGCCCACUGAUGCCAAGAAACUACCUCAUGCAAACGAAGACCCCGACGUGACGACGGCGUGGUGUGAACAACUUAUUACUAUAUCUGAAAAGGUCAUCAAGGCUAUAGAUCAAGACAAGUUGCUCGCGUACUUAGGAAUGAAAAAUGAUACGAGAACUGACGCUACUAAGAUUAAACAGGAGCAGGAGAAGCAGCGCGGCUGGGCGGUGGAGGCGCUGUGCCGGCGCGGCGCGGCGCUGUGCCGCCUGCGGGCGCUGGCGCAUGCGGGGGCCGCGCGGGACAAGCUCAGCGACGCGCUGCACAGCAACCUCACCGACCUGCUCAAGUUCACCGACCUCACCGACUCCAAGGCUUUACACUACGGUGUCUGGCAUUGCUUCACCUUCAAGCAAUGGGGCCGCGCCAUCAAGUUACUGCAGAAGAUACAAGAAGAAAGACCUUCCAAGGAGGUAGAAGAACGACUCAUAGAGGCGUAUGGACAACUAGGCUGGAACUUUUUCGCUAAGUACUCGCAACUAUCGUUACCGACCAAGUACCCCUCGAGUUAUAGACCGUUCUAGAUCAUUCUAGAUUGUUCUACACUUCAAGUUGAAAGAAAUACGUUUCAAUGUGUACUGAUUCGUAGUUGUGCUGCGUUAAAGAUUUAAUGAAAUUGUAUUCUUUGAUGGAACUAUAAAGCAAAUAAUUAUGUGUAGGCAAUAAUGACAAGAGCUAAUUAAUUCGCGGCUUAUGUUUUGAGCUCUUUGUGUAGUGUUUUAUUUAAGAAAUGAAAGUCGAUAUAAAUUGUACUUCGACUUGAUACCGAACAGUACGCAUUGAAAAUAAAAUAUUUAUAAACAAAAGAGUUUUGCUUGAAGUUUACAAGUGCAGGCUUCGCGAACGUAAUACACUCAAACGUAACUGUUGUUUUAUAAUGCAGAUUAUUUUAAUAGGAAAUAAUAAUAAUACAGAAUUUUAAUAAUAGCCAGUUUUGAUCGAAAAUCUAAUUUUAGCAAAUAUUUUUAUAGGUUUUAGACAAAUUGUCGACGAUGUUACAUCGUUUUAAAUACCAUACAAGUCCAAAUGAAUAAAUUCUAGAUAGCUAAUUUUUCCUACGUGGAAAUGUUGUUGGGUACCUCAGUUUUACCUCUUCUCCCUUAAUGAAAUCUAUGUAUUACUUCAAUCAAUAAACUGCAAUUAGAAUAAGUACAGGUAAGCAUUACAUGUGACGAGAUUAAUUUGACGUUACGACAACAAAAUGACGAAAUAAAUUUAAAAUGACUUAUAGUUAUUUUAAUUGCAAUAAACUACUACAAGUAUCAAAUCCUAUGCAAUUAUGUUGACAAUUCAAUGAACUAAACUAUAAAUCAAUUAAUUAAAAUUCUUCCAUUUCAAUUCUAUUAUUUUCGAUAAUUUCUGAGGUGCGAACUGCCGGAUUGUUUAGAAUGAAUUAAAUAUAAAUAAUGUUAGGAGAUUAUUGUUUUAGUGAACUAAGCUUGGACCGUGGGCACGGUGCCCAGUGCUGGGUGAGCUUGCAUGCUAUAGAUGGACAAAGUUUGUACAACACUAAAGAAUCCUCUAUUGAUUGUACUAGAAUGAUCUUCAUAAGUAUUAACUGCCGAACUGAAUUUGUGCUAUAUUUAAGUUAAACUAAGAUAUUCUAUAGAUAAUAAGUAGUCACUUAUUUCACAGAUAAUCUCAAUUUAUUUAAUAUUGCAUGCAUUUAAAUGUCGUGUAUUCCGUCAACAUUUAUUAUUAUAUAAUAAUUUGUAUAAACAAUUCAAUUUUCUGUGCUAUGGUUUUUAUAUCUUUUUGUACGAACUUAGAAUAACUGAAAUUAAUAGACGAUUCUUUAGGCUAAAAAUGAAUGCUUUCAAUAGUCGGUCGUUGUGUAAAAUAAGCCAUUUUUAUAGUUUUAAUACAAAUUGUAAUGACAGGGUGCUCUUAUGUUGUGUGCUCAAAUAGUUCAAUGCUUUUACAUGGACACGUCAUUAAAACAAAUGUCAAAAAUAUUUAUGUUUAAUUUUUAAUAUAUACGAGACAUUUA